AUGUCGUUUUUUAGUUCUAUUCGUCAGAAAGCUCCUUUUUUGGAACGUAUUGCUGAGAGUUUUACCCCUACCAUAAGUAGGGAUGAGAAGUUUCGUCUACAAUAUAAAUUACCAGAUGAGGAGCAUAUCAUAGAUGAUACUAAUACAGAUAUUACAUUUACUACUCCUUAUGGGAUUAGUCAGAAGGAUCAAAAGAGAACCGAUGAACAUGGGAACCAGAUUGCAUAUGUAUUUUCAGGUAAAUUAUUUUUGACUCCUCAUUUUUUGGUGUUUAGGGAUGCAUUCGAUCAGAAUUCAUGUGUCCUAAUAUUAAAUAUAUCUACAAUUAAAAGAGUAGAAAGGUCUCCAUCACUAUCGUAUGCAUUUGCUUUGUUAGUAACUUUGUAUUCGGGAACUCAAAUCCUUAUUCAGUUCAUUGGAUUACGUAACAGAUCAGAACAAUUUUGUGAAAAAUUGAAAGAUAUGUUGAAACAUAAUAUUCCCAAUGCUAAGAGAUUACCUGAAUUCAUAGAGAGCUGUUAUUCAAACUUCUUAAUAGAGAAAAAUAUAUUAAGGAAAAAAGAUAUUAUUGCCCCCAAAGCUGGAUUAGGACAACAUUUCAAAUAUCCAGGUCAACCUGAUAUUUCAAAAGAAAAAGCUAAAUUGAGAUUGUGGUUUGAAUAUUAUAAAGAAAAUGGUGAAAACCUAGCGAUUAUACAGAACCAUACAUUCCAGAAACUAGUUAGAAUUGGUAUCCCUAGUAGAAUGAGAGGUGAAAUUUGGGAAUUAUGCUCAGGCUCCAUGUAUUUAAGAUUUGCUAAUCCUGGUAAGUACAAUAGGCUUUUAGAAGAUAAUAAGGAUAAGACAUCUCAGGCCAUUGACGAGAUCGAGAAAGAUUUAAAGAGAUCUUUGCCUGAAUAUUCUGCUUAUCAAACACCACAGGGUAUCCAGAGAUUAAGAAAUGUCUUGACUGCUUACUCAUGGAAGAAUCCUGAUGUUGGUUAUUGUCAGGCAAUGAAUAUUGUUACUGCUGGGCUUUUAAUUUAUAUGAGUGAGGAACAAGCAUUCUGGUGUUUAUCCAAUCUAUGUGAUAUUUACGCACCAGGUUAUUAUUCUAAGACCAUGUAUGGUACAUUAUUAGAUCAAAGAGUCUUUGAAGCAUUCGUUGAGGAUAAGAUGCCAGUUCUCAAUGACUAUAUUGUAGACCACGAUAUUCAACUUUCUGUCGUUUCUUUACCUUGGUUUUUGUCUCUAUUUUAUACCUCUAUGCCAUUAGAAUAUGCAGUUAGAAUUAUGGACAUAUUUUUCAUGAAUGGUCCAAAGACUCUAUUCCAAGUUGCAUUAGCAGUUUUGAAGGUUAAUGGGGACGAUAUUUUGCAAGCUGAUGACGAUGGUAUGUUUAUCGCAAUUGUUAAGCAUUACUUCCAAACUUUGCAUGAAAGUGCACACCCUGAUUCUCCGGAUAUUAAGUAUAGACAAAUUACAAAAUUUCAAGAAUUGUUAGUGACAGCAUUUAAAGAAUUCAGUGUCAUAAAUGAAGAUAUGAUCAUACACGAAAGAAACAAAUAUAAGAAAACAAUUUUCGAAAAUAUAGAAACAUUUGUGAAAAAGACUCAACUUCGUCGUAUGCCCAAGACGUUUAAUUUAUCCGAUAAAGAGCUAUCAAAUAUUUACGAUGUAUUUUAUCAAAGUAUAGAGACACACAAGAUUAGUUUGGGAACCGGUUCCUCUAAUAUGACAUUUGAUGUCUUUGUUCAAUUCAUGGGCAAAUUUUGUGAUUGGGCUAAGCCUUCACGAAACGAUGAUGAUCCGGUUUAUAAAACCCAAAAACAAACUUUUUUGAAGAAAUUGUUUAAUAACUGGGAUCCUACUAAAUUAGGCGAAUUGACAGUCAAUGAUGUUGUCCUUGGAUUAGAUAGGAUAGUUUCUCCUGAUCUAUUAGAAGCUAUGAAUUACUUUUUCUCCUUAUAUGAUGAGGAUAAUGAUGGACAACUCCAAAAGGAUGAUGUUCUACAAAUGUCAGAAGGUUUGUUAUUAUUAACUACCCCCUGGAAGACAGGUAAAUUUGUGGAUUUACUGACAAAAAAAGCUAUUGAGGAUGAUAUUGCUGAUGAAAUAGUAAGGGAAACUAGUAUAGAUCAACAAGCAUCUGGAAAUAUAGAAUUACCGUCGGGGGUUACCAUUGAUGAGGAGAAAUAUAAGGCACAACAAUCUGAACGUUAUUUAAAGGCUGCAAGUAAUUUCUUACAGAGAUGUUUUGAAUAUGCUGAGCCAUUACAACUAGACAAAGAGGUGGAUCUACUAGAUUUAUCAGAAGAUGAAGAUAGUAAUGAGGUUAAAAAUGCCAAGAAGAAGAAAUUUGCCAGUAUAGUUGCAAAUGCUGCAUUAGAUCCGACGAGACCUACCGUCAUUGAUCUCUCUACUUUUAGAAUGGUAAUAUUAGCUGAUGAGACAUAUGAAUUAUUCUUUUCUACCACAUUAAGAAGUUCGAUACAUUUGGAAGAAGGUGCCGAUGAAUCUGGUAAUAAUCAAGUGUUAAAGAGUAUGUUUGACGGUAUUAUUGCUGAUGGACGAAGAGUAGCUGAACGAGUUCGUCGUCGUGUGGAUUCGGUAGCAACUAAUAAGUCAAGAACAGAUUCUAUUGGCACAAAUAAUGUAGCAGAAUCAAUCCAUACUAAUGAAACUAAUAACAAAAUGGUAGAUUUAGAUGAUUUCACAACAGACCACCUUGAGGAGCAUGAAGAAUUAUUGCAAAAUUCUUGGCUAGAUAUGGAUGAUACUACUGAUCAAAGUGCUAGACAAGAGAGGAAGAUUGAACCUAUGUCGCCCUCUAUAUCUGAAAAAGAACAAGAUCUCAUAGAAUUUGAAGCUUAA